UGUCCACCACAAUACUAUCGAUUACACGGGCUAGAUUCUCUUGAACUUUACACAUACAGCAGACCACGCUGAGAUACAAAAAGCACAGCUGGCUAACCUCUCAGGAAAAUGAGUUACAAGCCGGUCACACACGUGCUUUUCGACAUGGACGGGUUAUUAUUAGAUACCGAGAGGCUGUACACCGUUUCCUUCCAGGAGAUUUGUGACCGGUUCGGUAAGACAUAUACAUGGGAAGUGAAGUCUUCAGUGAUGGGAAAGAAGGCGCUGGAUGCGGCUAGAGUCAUUCGGGACUCUCUUGACUUACCCAUGACUCCCGAGAAGCUCUUGGAGGACAGUAGAAAAAUACAGGAGCGCAUUUUCCCGUCUGCUUCCCUGAUGCCAGGAGUGGAGAAGCUCGUCACCCAUCUCCAUAAGCACAACAUUCCCAUCGCCGUGGCUACCAGCUCAGCCGGGUUGACCUUUCAGUUGAAGACGAGUAACCACAAAGAGUUCUUCAGCCUCUUCAGUCAUGUUGUCACUGGAGACGACCCAGAAGUGAAGAACGGCAAACCUGACCCAGACGUCUUCCUGGUUUGUGCCAGCAGAUUUAACUCCCCAGCUAACCCGGAACAGUGCCUGGUGUUUGAGGAUGCUCCCAACGGGGUCGGGGCGGGCCGGGCCGCCGGCAUGCAGGUGGUCAUGAUCCCGGACCAGAACCUGGACCGAGGCCUCACCCAGGAGGCCACGCUGGUACUGGAGAGCAUGGAGGACUUCAGGCCUGAGAUUUUUGGGCUCCCAGCCUACGAUUAGACUCCUUCUUUCUGCCUUACUUGGUCCAAGAUUAUUUCCACGUUAGGCGUUUAAUCGAAAGAAUGCAUAGCGUUGUUAAAAUGUUCAGUCACACAGUCCUUUUUUUCCAGUCAGUCCCCUCCUGGAAUCAGGGGACAAGACAAGCAUGGCGGGUCGGUGUUAUGAUGCUUUGCAGGUAAUUUGAUUGAAUACUGACUUAAUCUUGUUGGUGCAAUCAAAAGGCUCAACCUCUCAGCACACCCGUUAUACCCUCACUGCUGAUGGCAUGAACAGCAACCAAGCUCAUUUUGAUUCUGCUGCUCAAUUAGGCCCAGUCAAGCCAUUAAUCCACACUGACGGUUGUUGUUUGUUCUUUUUUCCACAUUAUCCAAUUAGUCGCAGUAAUGAUUUAUUUCUAUAUUUAACAGAAUGAUGAUGUAUUGUCCAAAUGCUGUGUAAAUUUGUGAAUCCUGGGAGAUUUUAAUAAAGACUUUGAUUUAACUUUUUGAAACUUCA